AUGAACCCUUUGGUGAAAAAGAUGGAAUAUGCUGUAAGAGGUCGCUUAGCUAUACGUGCAGACGAAAUUCGCGAAGAACUUGAGCAUGGCAAUAGUAACAAAUACUCGUUCAAAAGAAUCGUGAAUUGUAAUAUUGGUAAUCCUCAACAAUUAAACCAGCCUCCCAUCACUUUCUUCCGUCAGGUUUCAUCCCUCUGUGACAACCCGGAUCUGUUAAAAAAGGAACAUCGUUCCCUUGUUUCACAAUUGUACCCCAAGGAUGCCAUUGAACGUGCCGAGGCCUUACUGAACGCCAUUGGCAGCGUAGGCGCCUAUUCUCAUUCUCAAGGCGUGCCUUAUAUUAGAAACACUGUCGCUCGAUUCAUCGAACAAAGAGAUGGUCAUCCCGCUAAUCCCAACGAUAUUUACUUGACACAAGGUGCUUCAGCUGGCGUCCAAACUAUCCUCAGCAUGAUUACAGAGAACUCAAAUACAGGCAUCAUGAUACCCAUUCCACAAUAUCCACUUUAUUCAGCUUCGUUAGCUUUGUAUGGGGCCACGCCUGUCACUUAUUAUCUGGAUGAAGCUACGGGUUGGAGUUUGGACGUACAACAAUUAACGGAAACAGUAGAUGCAGCUCGUCGUGAAGGAGUGGACGUGAGAGCUUUGGUCAUUAUCAACCCUGGAAAUCCCACCGGCCAGUGUUUAUCAAGCGAGAAUAUGAAAGACAUCCUCACAUUCUGUUUCGAGAAAAGAUUAGUCUUGCUGGCCGAUGAAGUGUAUCAAACCAAUAUCUACGAACCUGAGCAACGUCCCUUCAUCAGUUUCAAGAAGGCUUUGAUGGAAUAUCCUGACAAACAUGUUCGUGACAAUUUAGAAUUGGUUUCUUUCCAUUCUAUUUCAAAAGGUAUGGUGGGUGAAUGUGGUCGUCGCGGUGGCUACUUUGAGUGUGUCAAUAUUGACCAAGGGAUUAUGGAACAGCUUUAUAAGGUGGCUUCAGUGUCAUUGUGCCCAAAUGUACAUGGUCAGGUGCUUGUCGAUUUGAUGUGUAACCCACCAUGCCAAGGUGAUCCUUCUUAUGACUCGUAUACGAAAGAGGUACAGUCCAUUUAUGACUCACUACGACGAAGAUCCAAGAAACUUGAAAAGUGUUUCAAUUCUAUGGAAGGUGUUAGCUGUCAGCCUGCACAAGGUUCUAUGUACCUUUUCCCCACAAUCUCAUUGUCCAAUAAGGCCGUAGAGCAGGCCAAGAAACAAGGCAUUUGUCCAGACGAAUAUUAUUGUCGCGCUAUGCUUGAAGCUACCGGUGUUUGUGUCGUUGCUGGUUCCGGUUUUGGUCAAAAGGCAAAUACAUGGCAUUUCAGGUCGACCUUCUUGCCGGAAGAACAUUUAUUCGAUGAAUUUUGCUCAAGUCUCGAGAACUUUCAUCGUCAAUUCCUUGAACAGCAUUCAGAGUAUUAA